AUGGCUGCCACACGCCCCUUCAUUGUCAUUGUUCCGGGUGGAGCCCAGAAUCCUGCUCAUUACGGAUAUCUGAGCCACCUCCUACUGCUUGCUGGCUAUCCGGUGUACUCUGCGCUUCUUCCGUCCGUCGGCACUGAAGGAAAAGUUACCAUUGACGACGAUGCGGCUUACAUCCGUGACCGGAUGCUGCUCCCAAUACUCGACUAUGAGGAGCACGAUGUGAUUUUGCUCAUGCAUUCGUAUGGCGGCAUACCAGGCAGCGCCGCCGCAAACGGGUUAAGUAAGACUGAACGUUCCGCACAAGGCAAGAAUACGAGUGUGAUUGGUCAAAUCUACUUCGCCGCAAUCCUAGCCAAGGGUGGUGAUGGAGGCAAUCUACUGGAUCCUCUCGGUGGCCAGUAUCCACCACACAUUACGCCCGACACCUUGCAGAAGCACUCGCGGUGUCUGCCAUGGUACAAGGCAAGACCUCGUUUCGAUCAUUUCAAAGGUAGAGUCGCCUUCGUUCGCACCUUGAAGGACGCAUCCAUUCCUGUUGAUGUUCAGCAGAUGAUGAUCGAUGGAACCGGCGUCGAGUGGAUUGUCAAGGACAUUGAGAGUGGCCAUUCUCCCCAAGGCUCUCAACCGGAAAAGCUGACCAGCAUCGUGGUGGAGCUGACAAAGGCUUUCCAGGAGCUAUGA